AUGCUGCUGGCGGAGGUACUGGACACGACUCCUGAGGACGGCGUCGAAGUGGUGGCGCUCAUAGACGAAAUGUCCGAUCAGCUCUGUCGGACGUACGACGCCGCGGAGUGCUGCCGUAAUGUACAUUCGGAUCCCCGAUGGCGGCAGGCGGCGGGGAAGGCGUGCGUGCAGCUGGGGGAGUAUAUCUCUAGGGUGAAUCACCACGAGGGAAUGUACCAGCGACUGAGUACGGCACUAGCAGCGUACGAAUCUAGCUUGGCGGCGCUGGAGAAACGGGAAACCCCUAGGUUGGGCCCUCAGCAACUGGCUGGGUGGUGUUCGGAGAGCGUCCUCGUGGCGCAGAGGCUUAAACAGGACAUGGAACUGGGGGGGAUCCAUCUGCCGUCUCUGGAGCAACGGAAUCGGUUUGCCGAGCUUGCAGCCGCCAACGGUCAUUUCGGAACGGCCUUCAAUGCAGCUCUGACCGACCCGUCCAGGGUGGGUCGUGUCCGCCUGGGUUUGGGUCGCAGCGUCUCCCUGGAGCCUUCCCAGGUGGCGGCGCUGCUGGUUUCGGAGCCACAUGAAGCCGUACGGAGGCAGGUGUACAUGGCGGCUGGUAGCAGCCCCCCCUGUAAUGAGCGUCUGCUGGAGGAGAUGAUUGCCGUACGGAGGGAAAUGGCUCAGAUGCAGGGCUAUCCAAGCUACGCCGCCUUGCGAAUGGCGGCUGGCUCAAUUGCUCGUACACCGGCAGCGGUGGUGACCUUCCUAGAGCAGCUGGCGGCAGAAGUACGACCAAUGGCUGAGCGGGAGCUCCAGACCCUAAUGCACCUCAAAGCCUUCGACAUGCGAAACAGUCGUCAUCCUUCCGCCUCCACCGGCAUCUCCGCCUGGGAUGUUGAAUACUACGCCGCACGUGCCCGGCAGCGAAUCAUCACGAGUUCGUCCUCCGCCGUACUGCGGUACACUGCCGUACCGUCCGUACUGGCGGGCGUACAGCACUUGUUACGGCGGGUAUUUCGCAUGGAGCUGCGGGUUUCCCCUGCUGCCCCCGGGGAGGGGUGGGCUCCGGGGGUGCUCCGUUGCGAUGCUGAACACGCGGACUUGGGUCCCUUGGGCACCGUGUACCUCGAUUUGGCGGAUAGGUGCGGGGGCUCGGGGCGCAGUGGGCAGACCCACACGACCGCCAAAUACACCACUCGUCACCGUAUCGAUGUUGUCCUGACAUAUAUUCCUGACAGGCCUGGCAAGUACCCAAGCGCCGUGACCUUCCCCAUCACAUGCGGGCGACAGCUCUCCCCCCCCUCCUCCUCCUCCUCCUCCUCCUCCCGGGGUGAUGGCAACCGCCAACUGCCCGUCAUGGCUCUGCUCGCGUCAGCGUCAGGAACGUGUCCUGCCAGCGGUCAGCCCGCCAUGUCGUACAGGGAGCUUCGGGUGCUGUUGCAUGAGCUCGGACACUGCUGCCAUAACUUGCUUAGUCGGAACAAGUACCAGCAUCUGUGGGGCACGAGAUGUGCUCAGGAUCUGGUGGAGGUGCCCUCCCACUUGUUCGAGUACUUUGCCAGUGACCCACGGGUCAUGGGGCUGCUGGCCAGGGAUCGCUCGGGAUGUGCUGCAGGGGCGGGGGGCGAUGCGGAGGAGGGGGAGCCCAUUCCAGAGGAGCUGUUCAGGCAGCUCGCCGCGGGCCGUUCCGUUGCGGCGGCUCUAGAGCUCCAGCAGCAGCUGGUGCUGUCACUGGCUGACCAGUGGCUGUUCGGAGAGGGGCAUGGGCAUGCAGGUGUAGGAGCGGGAGGAGGAGGAGGAGGAGCGGGAGGAGCGGGAGGGGGGUUGGAGGGGGCGGGUGGGGGGAGCUACACGGGGGCGGCUGGGAGCCACAUUUGGCGGAAGGCGGUCCACGUGGCCAGCAGCGUGCCGUACGUGCCCGGUACGAAACCCGAGCUCCGCGUGGGACAUCUGACCAUCUACGGGGGCGCGUACUACGGUUACGUGUAUGCGAGGUGCUUGGCAGCUCAGCUUUGGAAACUCACCGGGUUGGAGGAGGCACCCUUGGACUCGGGCCCAGCAGCGGCAGGCGCGUCGCCGGGGGCGGUGGCGGCGGCGGCGAGGCUUCGGCGUCUGGAGCCGUGGCAGGUAGCAAAGCUGCGGCAGCGGGGUGUGGAGAAGGCGCUGGCACCGGCGGCGGAGGGCGGCUUUCUGCAAGCGCUUGAGGGGGGGUUCGCACCACGGCCCGAGCAAUACCUGGAAAUGCUCCGGAAGGGCUCCGGUAGUCCCGAAGGCUUGCGGUCCACGUGA